GUGGAGGAUUCGGUCUGGUGAUUCUAAUUGUUCUUUGUUUUUGGUCAUACUGGAUCAUAAAAAAGAAAAGACUCAUCGAGCUCAAAGAGAAAUUUUUUCAAAAAAAUGGAGGUCUUUUGUUACGACAGCAAACCUCAUCACUCGAGGGUAGCGCUCGAGCAACAAGAAUGUUCACAAUGGAGGAGCUCGAAAUGGCUACCGAUAACUACAAGGAAAGCCACAUUCUUGGCCAAGGAGGUGCUGGGACAGUCUAUAAAGGAAUUCUACCAGAUCAAACAGUUGUUGCUAUCAAGAAAUCAAAGCUCGUGAAUGAUGAAGAGAUCGAGCAGUUUAUAAAUGAGGUGGUUGUUCUUUCCCACAUCAGCCAUAGGAAUGUGGUGAAGCUUCUAGGAUGCUGUCUCGAGACUAGAAUACCCUUGCUAGUUUAUGAAUACGUGCCCAAUGGAACUCUUUGGCAUCAUAUCCAUGAUGAAGGUUGCAAAGCCUCCUUGUCCUUAGAGUCCCGUUUGAGGAUUGCUGCAGAAAUUGCAGGAGCAUUGGCUUACCUACACUCGGCAGCCUCCAUACCAAUCAUUCAUAGAGAUGUCAAGUCCAGCAAUAUUCUCUUAGAUGAUAAUUACACUGCUAAAGUUUCUGAUUUUGGAGUAUCGAGAUUGGUUCCAUUCGACCAAAAUGGUCUUACAUCAUUGGUACGAGGGACCAUUGGUUACUUGGAUCCAGAGUACUUCCAUACUGCCCAGUUCACCGACAAGAGUGACGUCUAUAGCUUUGGAGUGAUUCUUGUGGAGCUCCUCACAGGUGAGAAGCCCGUGGAUUCGACGAGGUCAGUGGAAUGCAGGAAUUUAGCCAUGCAUUUCCAAUCAUGCUUGAAGGAUGGCCGCCUUUUCUCGAUCUUGGAGGACCGUGUGGUCGAUGAAGGAUCUCCAGAGCUGCUCGGUGCAGUUGCAGAGCUUGCCAAGCGUUGCCUCAGCUUGAUGGGAGAAGAGAGGCCCACCAUGAAAGAAGUUGCAACAGAGCUGGAGGGUUUACCAAGAUUUCACCAGCACCCAUGGAUCACAGAGAAUGAAGAAGAGGGAGAGCAUCUGUUGAAGGGAGCUGAAUGCUCGAACACGAGUGUUAUGCUUGGUGAGGGUGAUUCUUCGGUGCAUGUUAUGCAGCCAUUCAACAUCAUGCGAUGAUUUUGUUUUAUAGAUUCAGUGCACCCGGGGGUUUGAUGAAUUGCAAGUUGUCUGUUUUGUACCCAAGAUAAACGAUAGAUUCCUUUGUUCUGUUUCCAGGUGCUUUGUUAGGUUCCUUUGUUUCAAUUGUAUCAUGUACACUUUCUCUGGGUCCUUCGUUCUGUUUCUAGGUCAGCAGGUUUUCUAGGUCUAUCUUGUAACAUGUGUACUCUGU